GGGGAGGGGGAGAGAGAGAGAGAGAGACCGCCAUUAGACCAAACUAAGCAGACCCACCAAUUAUUUUGAUAUUUUAUACACAUCUUCAUGACCCUACUCGCCGACUGGUCAAGAAGAAGCUAAUCCAGUAAUCGCCACCAGACAAAGCACAUUCACACACACAGAUAUAGCUGCUGUAGGCAGAGAGAGAGAUUCUAGAUCAGUAGAUCUAGAGAGAGAAAAGGGGGAGGUGGGUUUUGUUUUUUGAUAUUGUUUAAUGGAUAAAAGCUGUGAUUCUACCAGCAGUAGUAGCAGCGCCGGCAAGGAUCAAUACCUCAAAAACCUCAAUAGGCUCUCAGUAAAGAUCUCCAAGCCCGUUAUUGUUACCAGAAAACCACCAGCCUUUGAAAAUCAGAGUCAGAAUCAGAACUCGGUUCACCAGCAACCUUCGUCUCAACAACCAGAGCUGUCAGAGGCACAGACACAAACACAUGCUCUGCAGGCGCAGCAGCACCAACCACCGGUGUACAAUAUCAACAAAAAUGAUUUCAGAGACGUUGUUCAGAAGCUCACGGGAUCUCCGGUUCAUGAGCGCUUCUCUACACCACCACCAAUACAAGCACCCAAGCCUCAGAGCUCUCGCUUGCAGCGUAUCCGUCCUCCGCCACUCGCGCAUGUUAGCAAUCGGCCUCCGCUGAUAAACAACGCCAUUCCCGCUCAACAGCAGCAAGCUCCGGCGACGAUAAAUCCACUGGCUACCGCCACUGCUCCUGGCGGUUUUAUCCAACGGCCGGGAGCUCCACUAUCUCCGCUUCCUCCGCUCCCGUCUGUCCAUGGUGCAGCUGAAUCGCCCGUCUCUGCUUACAUGCGGUACUUCCAGAGUCAGAACUCGAUGUCUAACGUCGACCCCAAUCAGAAGCAGUUCUCUGGAUUCUCGCCGCUAGCACCUUUUAAUUCCGCACGUUGGAAUAACUCGACUCCACAACAACCGCCGCAGAUUCCGCCACCUUCAUCAACUUCGGGAAUGCCUCCGACCCAACCGCAGUUCCAGUUGCCCUCGUCACCGCUGGCGUUUGGUUGCUCGAAUUCUCCGCGGUCUCCAUACCCUUUGCUCUCCCCGGGUCUGCUGUUCUCUCCUUCAUCAGGGCCAUUAGGGUUCCCGCUUUCACCUACAGUGCAGGUUCCGGUGCCAAGCCCUAAAUGGAGAGGCCUUUGAGUUUCAUCCUAUUUCAGGUAAGAGCUUUUUUAAAAAGCAAGAAAUGCUUAGAAGAUUUGGGGUUUCAGAUCGGUGUUUUUGUACAUGUUGGGGUUUAAGGUUACUAGUUGUUGGAUAGAAAAGCUUUUGGCUCUGGUUAAUUAGUGUUUGUGAUCUGUAAAUGGAUAUUAUAUUCAGUCAAAGGAAAAGAACACCCUAGAAUUGUUAUUUUGCCUACAAUUGGAUACUGGGGGUGGGGAUAGUAUAAUCUAUAGUAUGUUUUGUUAUAUUUUAUCUGAGACAAUUCAAUGGACUUCAUUUUCUAUUUA